GCGUUUAUUGCAUUUUAUUAAAAAUUUAUGGACAUAGUCUUGCAAAAGUUUUUUUUUAUUUCAGAUGAGUAGGGGGAAAAAGCUGCUUGACAUAGCUCUUGCCUCGGCUCUUACGAACCCAACAAAUAGUACAGAUUGGGAAAAUAUUAUUGAAAAUGCGCCAGUUAUUUUAUUGGAGAAUAGCGAUAUUCAAAAUCCAGCAAAUUCUUCGGAUACAAAAAAUAUCACCCAUAAACUUCCAGAUCCAGAAACAUUCAAAAUAACUGGUAAUUUAAUGGAAUAUGAAGAGAAUGCGUUGGGUUUACGUGAAUUGGUAGAAAAUGACAUACAAAUGGAAGUAGACGGCAAUUUGGGAAUAAAUAUUAUGAUGAUGGAAGGCAUGAUAGUGGAGAACAAUAAUGAAUUAAUAACUCUUAACCGUGAUGAAAACCCAGAAGAAUAUGUACUUGAAAAUUUGGAAAACGCGUUUCAAGAAAAUGGAAAAGAAAUGGAAGAACGGUAUGAAAACGAAGCAACUACGUUGGUUUUGCGUGAAUUGGCAGAAAAUGACGUCCACAUCGAUGUAGACAAGAAUUUGGGAGCAAAUAUUACAAUAAUGGAGGCCAUAGUGGAGAACAAUCAUGAAUUAGUAACCCAUAAUCAUGAAGAAUACCCAGAAGUACCUGAACCUGACAAUUUGGAAAACAUGAUUCAAAAUAAUGGAAGAGAAAAAGAAGAACGGAAUGAAAAUGAAAUAGAAACUCGCAUUACUAAAAAAGGGGAACAACGAAGGCGUAAAAAAUUUAAAUAUUCAACCGAAAAAAGAAAAAUAAUUAAACGAAAUAAACUAAGGGAUUCACAUUCAGUUAGGGAUGGAUGUGGUGAUCAAUGUAAGAAAAAAUGUAACAGGAAGAUAAAUCAAGAAAGAAGAACUGAUAUAAAUAAUCAGUUCUGGAAUCUAGACCGCGAACAACAGCACCAAUUUAUGCUGUCGUGCAUCAGCCAGACAAGCGUGAAACGUAAAACGGUUGGAUUAGAGUCUCGCAGAUCUCAUACGCUAAUGUAUUCUUUAAAAACAGCAGACGGAGAAUGUAAACCAGUGUGCAGAACCUUUUUUCUUACCACUCUAGGGUUUCACAAAAAUAACGACAAAAUUCUAGAAAGAUUUUGUACAUCUUCGAACUCAUUGCUCGCUCCAAAGCCACAUAGAAAUCGUGGAAAAGUACCUCAUAAUAAAUUGGACCAUGCAAUAAUUGAAAAACAUAUAGAGUCUUUCCACCCAUCGAUAUCGCAUUAUCGUAGAGAACAUGCACCCAAGCGACGUUAUUUACCAAGCGAUGUAAACAUAAAAGAUAUGUUUGGCGAUUUUCAAAUGAGCAAUCGAAAAAUACCUUGUUCGUACGAUUUGUAUCGCUCAAUAGUACAAAAGUUAAAUAUAUCUUUUGUAACGUUGGGUCACGAAGAAUGCGAAAUAUGUGAGAACUUUAAAAUCCAUCCUCAUUCAGAAGAAAAUUUACAAAAUGAUUGUUCCGACUGCGAGAAGUGGUCAAAACAUAUAAACCGGAGUAAAGAUGCAAGGCUGCUUUACAGAGAAUAUGCCAACAAAGAGCCAGAAGAAGGGGAAGUUACAUAUUCUGUUGAUUUGGAAAAAAUCAUAAUGUUGCCCCGGUGUGAAAUGUUCAAAUCAGUUAUAUUCAUUCCACGAUUGAUUGCAUAUAACGAAAGUUUCGUUCCGGUAGGAACUAAGAACAAAAAUAUUAAACCUGUGGCCGCAAUUUGGCACGAGGCAAUUCGAGGACGAAAAAAAGAAGACAUAAUAAGUACCUUUCACAAAUUCUUUUUAUUAAAGAGAGAUGCGAAAAAAAUAAUUCUGUGGGUAGAUAAUUGCACUUCACAGAAUAAAAACUGGGCAUUUUUUACGUUUCUAGUUUAUAUAAUAAACUCAUCCGAUAUAUCCGCCGAAGUAAUAGAAAUAAAUUACUUCGAACCAGGCCACACAUUUAUGAGUGCCGACGCAUUCCACCACCAAGUAGAAAAAUCUCUACGGAAAAUGAAGAAGGUUUAUGACUUUCCAGAAUUUAAACAAGCUGUUCAACAAGCCAAUUCUGGCAGAGUGACAGUUUUGGAAAUGGAACUCCGUGAUUUCUACGACUGGCAGGAUUUUUCAUCCACUUACAAACUGAAAAAAGCAAAUAGUACGCGGCCAUAUAUCCAUGAUAUGGUUCAAGUCACGGCCCACAGGGGAUCAAUGUCAUUACUUUAUAAAAACAAUUUUAGUGGCUCUGAUUUAACAUUAGAUUUCUUGAAUGCCAAAAUUACAAAGACUGGAAUACCAGUUCCACCAAUAAGAGAAAAGCCAAGAGGCAUCACAGAAGAAAGACGUAAUAUUAUUAUCUCAAAGCUUUUAGAAGCCGACAAUGCUAUUAUGCCGAAAAAUCGUUUACAUUUUUGGAAGGAACUACCUACCACUCAAUGCCUUGAAAAUGAUAAUGAUGAUGAUUAA